CUGCUUUCAGGGAUGGCAGAAAACAGUAGGACACCAGCUCCUGGGAAGAUGUUCUGUGUCAGGUGAGGAGUAUUGAGCCGGAUGUUCCCCGCAGGGCAGGAUGCUGAGACAGAGGGAUCCCAGGGCAGCUUGUUCUGUGACUGAGAAGAGUUGGAUCCAGACUGGCUUUGCCAAAGCGCUUGAGGCUGGUACAGCGAACCCCAAAGUCAGAAAGCAGGGUCCCUAAUCCCGCUUGAUCCACAAUCCCCACUCCCAGCCCCAGGUGGAUGGGGCAGCACGUGGCCAGCUCAGAGCAGUAGGGACAGAGAGAACAGAACAAAAGCUGCACAGAUAUCAGCCAGAAAAGGAAGCGUCACUUGGUCUGGUCCUGGGUGCUUUUCUGGGCAGGCCAGCCAGCCCCACGUCCUGACUGUUGCUCCAUUUGGCAUCAGUUCCGUUAACUGCACCAGGCUUCCCACGCACUACCUGGGCCAGAACUCCGUCUUUUCCUGAUCUGGAAACGAGUCAUGCCAUCUCCCAGCGACUCCAGCCAUUCCCUGACUGGCCGCUCCUCCCGCAGCCUCACCCAUCUCCGAGUGCAGAGGACCUGGCUGCAGAUCCUGCUGGUGCUGGGCUUCAUCCAGGUCAUCCUGGGCAUCCUCGUCAUCACCUUCAGCCUUGUGGCAGCUACCAUCACGCCUUCCACCAAGGUCCGGCACUCCUGCCCCUCCUGGGCCGGCUUCUUGCUGGCGCUGUCCGGGCUCGUCGGCAUCGUCUCCUGGAAACGGCCCUUCACCCUGGUGAUCACCUUCUUCACGCUGCUCUCCGUGCUGGGCGUCAUGCUGAGCCUCGCCGGCUCCAUCCUCUCCUGCCAGAACGCUCAGCUGGUGAAGUCCUUGGAGGCCUGCACUAGGGAGAAGGACUCCUGUGUCUGCUGCCAGGCCCGCUCUGAGUAUUCAUCCAUGGGCCCCGCCUGCAGCAGGCAGGGCGAGACACUGACCAUGUUCCCCAACCCUGACUGCCGGAGCGUCCGCAUGGCUCUGAAGGAUCUUCUAUUCAGUGUUUGUGGCCUGACCAUCUUCUCCACCAUUGUCUGCACGCUCUCAGCUGUCAUGUGCUGCAUCCAGAUCUUCUCCCUGGACAUUAUCCAUGUGCUGGCCCCACAGCGCUCCAGUUCGGUGACCCUGGAGUGCACGUCGCCCCCAGACCCUUUCCUGCAGAACAUGAUGGACUUCGAGGAGUUUGUGCCCCCGGUGCCGCCGCCCCCGUACUAUCCGCCGGAGUACACCUGCAGCUCCGAGACCGACGCCCAGAGCAUCACCUAUAACGGCUCCAUGGACAGCCCCGUGCCUCUCUACCCCACCGACUUCCCCCCAUCCUACGAGACUGUCAUGGGACUCCGGGCAGUCAGCCAGGCCACCCUGUUUGAUUCGCAGCUCACGGAUCCGUCGCACGGCUGCACCUGUGACCACGUUCCCUCCAUCGUGCUCAGUGGGGAAGUGUCCAUGGACAGCGGCUCCCUGGUCAUGUCCGAGAUCAUCGACAUCCCCGGCGACAGCAGCCCCUCGGAGGACUCCUGCCUGCUGGAGCUGCAGGGCUCCAUGCGCUCGGUGGACUACAUCCUCUUCCGCUCCAUCCAGCGCAGCCGUGCGGACUACUGCCUGAGCGUGGACUGCGUGCAAUGCGGCCACCAUCCCCGCAGCCCCACGCUGGGCCUGCAGGGCCCCUUCGAGGAUAUACCCCAGCCCCGGGUGCGGGGGGAGCGCUCUUACUCCUGCUCCACCCCUGGUCCCAGUUACGAGGGGCUCCUGGAGCCAGGCGGGGCUGUGACCCACAGCUGCAAUCGUCUGGAAGGGCUGGCUCGCUGCGCUGGGCCCUGCUUCCCUGAGGUGCGACUCAAGGGCAAGACCUUGCUGCCAGGGCAUCAGGGCACCAGUUCCACCGGCUCCCUGUACCCAGACCGCGGGCACCGCGGCCGUCAGCGACGCAACAGUGAGACGUCCUGCCUGCUGGGCCCAGCCCGGGGCCUGAGCCAACGGCCGCUCGUGCGGUCGCACAGUGACCCCGGCAUUGCUGUUGCCGGUGAUCCUGCCGACUUGAGGGAUCUGCUUUAUACCAAAGCGCUGGAGGAUGACGCAUCCAAUUCUUCAGCAGACACAGGACUGUGCUCUGAAGCCUGCCUGUUCCGGCUCUCGCACUGCGACUCGCCCCCGCUCCUCCGGGCCGCCUCUGCCAGGAAGAACAAGCUGCCAGUGCCCAAGAAGGUGACACAGCGGCUGUCGAAGGCAGCAACGCGCUCCCUGGGGGAUCUGAAGGUUUGUCGUGGUACCCGGGGGCUGGUGGCCAGGUUCCUGCAGAGAUCCAAGCGCAGCCUGGCGUCUGGCGUGGAGAUGGCUGGGCACAGCUCCCAGGGCCACAAACAGGUGCCCCGGAGCCCAUGGCAGGCAGCAGAGCACACGCUGCCGGAAGGGAUUCACUUGCAGAGCUGCGGGGACCUGAGCUCCACCUCCUCGCUGCGUCGCCUCCUGUCUGCCCGCCGGCUGGAGCGCAGCCGUCCGCACAGCCUCAACGGGGUCUACAAGGAGAGCAUCCUCUGAGGGGAGGCCUUGCCUGACCCUCUCAUACCCCAGCCCAGCUGGGAGUCUCCACCAGCAUCAGGCUCUCUC